CGAGACGAGUGUGUGACGGCAAGCUUGUGACGGGUGCGGCGUGACAAGUGACCAAUCCUGGAGUGAGGUGCAAGUGUGACAAUGUCGUGGCAGCGAGGCCUGCGACCGGCGCCGCCGCCGCUCAACCCCGAGGACGACGACGACUACUUCCGCGGCUACGGCAGCAUGGGCCGGCACUACGGCCAGUACGGGUCCUGGGGCCGGCACCGCACGCCCAACUACCACAACAUGACGCAGCGUGACGUGACCAAGCUGCGCGAGCACUGGGACGAGACCAACAGCAAGGUGAUGUCGCGCAAGACGCAGCUGGACGCCAUGCUGGCCGACAGCCAGCGCUACGAGUCGAAGCGUCUCGAGGUGGACGCGUGGCUCCACCGCAUGGAGGUGCGCCUGGACCGAAUGGGGGCCGUGGGGCACACUGCCGACGUCCUGGAGGCCCAGCUGCGCGACCAGAAGGCCUUCCACGCCGAGCUCCCCAGUAAACACCACAUGGACCUGUUCUCGCAACUCACGCAGAAGCUGAUCGCCGUGUACCAGCAGGACGACACCACCGCGUCAAGAAGAUGA